CGUGGCGUGGUCCAAUUGGACGGAGAUCAAAUGAGACUCGCUGUCGAGUCCCUUGACGCACCACUCCUCUGCUGUUGUCUUGGUACCGCUUGUUCGUGUCCCAAACUCGAAACCUUGUCUCUCACACGAAUUCAAGCACUCACCUUUCGAGGUUUCGAUCCAUUUAUCAGGACGAAUUGAAUUCACGGACUGGAUAAUCGGAACCGAAAGCCCCAUUUGUGGAUUCGAAUCGAGAUUGGAAUUUGCUCAAUUCGAGCGCUGGUUUGUCCAUGCUGGCAUUUAUUGUUCUUGUUUUCGAGUUUUGGGAAUUGGGUUUGUUGAAUUGUUGAAUUAGCAGUAGGUUUUUGACAAUGGAAGGUAAUAAGGAUGAAGCUUUAAGGUGUGUUCGGAUCGCCGAAGAAGCAAUUGCUUCCGGCAACAAAGGGCGUGCCUUGAAAUUUAUUAAGAUUGCACAACGGCUUAAUCAUAAUUUGCAAGUUGAUGAACUUUUGGCUGCGUGUGAGGCAAUUAAUUCGGGGUCUUCCGCGUCUUCUGUUGAUGAGAAGGGUGCUGGUGAGAUUAGGAAUGAGCCGGGCGUGGAGAAAUUGGGCUGCGGUUUGAAUGGGGAGGUUAGUUAUACCGAAGAGCAUGUUCAGUUGGUUAGGAAGAUUAAGAGAAACAAAGACUAUUACGGAAUUCUUGGCGUGGAGAAGACUUGCUCGGUCGAGGACAUUAGGAAGGCUUAUAGGAAGUUGUCAUUGAAGGUUCAUCCUGAUAAGAACAAGGCUCCCGGUUCAGAAGAAGCGUUUAAGAUAGUAAGCAAGGCUUUCAAGUGUUUGAGUGAUGGGGACUCUAGGAGGCAGUAUGAUCAGACUGGAUUAGUUGAUGAAUUUGAGUACAACCAGCAGCACAAUAAUACGAGGAGAAGGAGGAGGAGAGGUGGGAAUGACUUUUUUGACGAUGAUUUUGACCCCGAUGACAUAUUCAGGGCGUUCUUUGGUCAAUCAGACAUGUUUCGGUCAAGUCAUGUUUAUAGGACUAGUAGAACAGCUGGUCAUCAGAGGGAGGAGUCUCAGGGAGGGGGACCUAACAUCAUGCUUCUUCUUCAAAUAAUACCUUUUUUGGUAAUUUUGUUGUUGGCAUAUCUGCCCUUUUCAGAGCCCGUCUACUCUUUGCAGAAGAAUUAUAACUACCAGAUUCCCAAGACGACAGAGAAAUAUGGAGUGGAAUUUUUUGUUAAAUCGCAAGCAUUUGAUGAGAGUUAUCCCAUUGGAAGUGCUGGUCGAGUUAACGUUGAGAGCAGUGUUAUCAAGGAUUACAAAAAUGUGCUUGCACACUACUGUCGGGUUGAGCUUCAAAGGCGCCACUGGAGUAAGAAUCUGCCUACUCCUCACUGCGACAAACUAAAUAAGCUUGGAGUAGCAUGAAGAGGCUAUAUGGCUGAAGUGGAUGUUUAGUGCCACUAUGUUGAGCCUGGACUUCAAAGUACAGUGGGUUGAUAUUGUAAAUGCUCCAGUCGACUUCUUUGGAAGUAACCAAGGAUUGCUUAUCCUCUCCAAUAUGACUGGCUGGCCAUACAGCUGUUCGGGAAUGUCAUCCAGGAUAGUGGUAGCGAGGGUUUUCAGCACCCUAAUGGGAUAUCAUUUGGCUAGAAAUAAUAGUGUACACAACUCUUGAAAUUACCUGGGAGGUCAAUACUAGUUACGAAAGUUUAUGAAAAGUUGAGCAAGAGGUUUGUGAUAGUGAUUAUUUUCGCUUUAUAACACUACAUUUUCUAUGUAUUCUUUUUAUCAGACUAUACGGUUGCUGUUUACAGUUUUGUUUUAUUUGGUUCAGAUAUUAAGCAUGCAUAUAUGCAAGUAGCGAGCCGUGCAGCUUAAGCAUCAGCCCUUAUCGUUCGUUAUUUGUUGUUUCGAAGAAUUUAUAUCGUUUCUUAGCUGACUGUUAAGCAUAUCUUGUCCUUGACCAAUGCAUAUAGUAUGGAGGAAACUAUGUUGCUUUGAUUUA